AAGUAAAAAUCCCUAAAAAAUAACUUAUGUGACUAGACAUGAGUUUCCUCAAAGAGCUGGUGGAUAGCAUCAGCUCGAUCUUCAACAAUCAAAAACCUUCUUCUUCGUAUCCAUCUCAGAGAAACCCUGACGGUCGAUCGAUGGACGGCGUGAUCACUGGCAACGAGCGCACGGCAUACAAGCUCAAAAGCUACUUUGAUUUUGCCACAGAAGAGAUCGCCAAAGCUGUCCGGGCCGAGGAGUGGGGCUUAGCCGAGGAUGCCGUUUCCUAUUAUCAAAAUGCGCAGAAAGUUCUGUCCGAAGGCAUUUCAACACCAGUUCCUUCGUACAUCACCUCUAGUGAACUGGAAAAGGCCAAAUCUUAUCGCCAAAAGAUGUCACAGUGGCAGGGCCAGGUUGCAGAGAGAAUUCAAACUUUAAGAAGAAGAGCAGGAAUUUCAGGUAGUUCAUCUGUAAUCAAGAGUGGUGGUUCUCAGGUCCAAAGUGUAUCUGCCGUUUCACACACAAGUUCUUAUAGCAGAAAACCUGCAGUUGAAAAGCCUUCUGGAUCCAAUAAGCAAAAGCUUGACGUUAAGAUCCAGUCUAAAAAAGUAGGAAGCUCAAUACCUGUACAGGAUCCUGGUGGCGGUGGAUAUGAUUCAAAAUUGACUGAAAUGAUAAAUUCUGUGAUUGUGGACAGAAGUCCUUCUGUAAAAUGGGAAGACAUUGCUGGCCUCGAAAAGGCAAAGCAAGCUCUGUUGGAAAUGGUAAUAUUGCCAACCAAAAGGCGAGACCUUUUUACCGGCCUUAGAAAGCCUGCAAGGGGCCUGCUUCUUUUUGGUCCACCUGGUACCGGCAAGACUCUGCUUGCUAAAGCAGUUGCCUCAGAAUCUCAGGCAACAUUUUUCAAUGUUUCUGCGUCCUCUCUAACUUCAAAGUGGGUAGGAGAGGGUGAAAAGCUUGUUCGGACCCUUUUCUCAGUUGCCAUUUCUAGGCAACCAUCUGUAAUUUUUAUGGAUGAGAUUGAUAGUAUUAUGUCAACUAGGACAACCAAUGAGAAUGAAGCCAGCAGGAGGUUGAAAUCAGAAUUCCUAAUCCAGUUUGAUGGUGUCACAUGUAAUUCAGAUGAUUUGGUAAUUGUCAUUGGUGCGACAAAUAAGCCACAUGAAUUGGAUGAUGCAGUUCUCAGGAGAUUGGUGAAGAGAAUAUAUAUACCUUUGCCAGAUGCUGGUGUCAGAAGACAACUCCUAAAACACAGACUCAAGGGGCAACAGUUCUCUUUGCCUGAUGGAGAUCUCACAAGACUUGUGAGAGAGACAGAAGGGUAUUCUGGAAGUGAUCUCCAAGCUUUGUGCGAGGAAGCAGCAAUGAUGCCAAUCAGAGAGCUUGGUUCUGACAUUCUUACAGUGAACGCAAACCAGGUAAGAGGUCUGAGAUAUGCAGACUUUCAGAAGGCCAUGGCUGUGAUCCGGCCUAGUCUGCAAAAAAGCAAGUGGGAAGAUCUUGAGAGGUGGAACCAAGAGUUCGGCUCAAACUAGAUGUAGCUAGACCUACACACGAUCAUGAUCAAGCUGACAACCAUUGAGACACACGGGAGAUGUUGUUCUUGGAAACUAAUAAUCCUAUGUGUCUGAACAAAAACAUAAUGUGGCCUGCUUCCAAAUUAAAACUUUGAAGUUGAUUGGUAUGUAAGAUUUGAAUUGGAGUAUAUUAAUUAAAGACAUGUACAUAUGUAUCUUCAACCUCUUGGUGCUAAUGCUUAUGAAGCUCUUAGUCUAUUCACCUACUCUGACUAGUGAGUAGUGAAGGAAGUCCAACGUCGCCUCUUAUCACCCACUCUAGCUUGAGCAAACAUUUCGUGUUUUGAUUGCCUCCCGCUACGAUCAAUAUAGACUAUAUGAGUAAUAUCAAUAUGUAAUGUAUAGUUGUAUAAGGUUCUAUCUAUUAAUUAGAUCUUGUUUUUAAUGACACUAGUUAUUCUAGUGUCAUUAAAUGUAUAGUAUAAAUGUUAAUAUAUAAAUACAGUUAUAGAGCAU